AUGCCACCACCGCCGUCCUCGUCCGGCCCAGUGACCGCCGCCCGACUCUCGCACUUGUCCUCAACCACCCUCUCCUCCGUCCUCGACCUAACCCGCCUCUCGUCCCUCUCGCUUCCUUCUCCUCCCAAUCUCACGCACACGAUCCAGCGGAACCUCUCGACGCUUGCGCGGGGGAUUGAGCAGUUGGAAGAUGCGGGGACGGAGAGCAAGGAGGUUGUCGAGGGGCUGAGGACGCAGUGGGAGAGGAUUCGGGGACUGGUCGAGCCGCUUGGCGUGGAAGUCACGGAACGGAUACGCGAGGGUGCGGGUGCGAAGGGCAAGACGGGGAGGUUGGUUGAGACGGACGAGGAGGAAGGGGAUGAGUUAGUCGCCGUUUCGGGAUCCUCUCCACAUGUCGCUAUUCCUGUCCAGGACGACCGGAGAGACCUCGCGCAGAUGGAGGAAGACGAGGAAGAGAUGGACCGGGCGAACCAAGAAGUGCUGCAGAUGCAGAAGCGCAUGAUCGAGGACCAAGACACCCAACUCGACUCGCUCUCAUCCGCCAUCUCGCGCCAACACGCCCUCUCCCUCCGCGUCGCCGAAGAACUCGAGCUGCACUCCUCCCUGCUCGACGACACCGACUCUGCGCUCGACCGAACCGAGUCGAACUUGCGAAGAGCGAGCGGGCGGCUGGACCAGUUCACUCGGCGGGCGAGGAAUACGGGCAGUACGGGCUUGAUCGUCGCGCUGAUCAUCCUUCUGGUCAUCCUGAUCGUCAUCUUCAAGUUGUGA